CACUCUAGCAAGACUUUUUACCCACUCUCUCUCUCUAUCUUCAAACGACUCUUUCUUCCUACUUCACCUACAUCAACCUUCUCACCUUUUCUUUCUCUUGAAACACUAUCAAUUUCAAUUCUUUUCUUUCUCAAUCCUUUGAACUCUCUUUCCCAUGGCGACCCUUUUCAGUUCUGCUCAUUCUUUUCAUGUUCGUCACCACAAGUUUCCAUUUUUGUUUUUGCUGUUCUUGUUUGUGCUGAUAGAAAGCUGUUCUGGGUUUGGAACAUUCGGUUUUGAUAUUCAUCACCGGUUUUCUGACCCGGUUAAAGGGAUGUUUGGUGUUGAUGGAUUGUUGCCAGUGAAAGAUAGUGUUCCAUAUUUUCAAGUUAUGGCUCAACGUGAUAGAGUUAUUCAUGGCCGUAGAUUGGCUACUAGUACUGGCGGUGAUAAUAAAAAUAAUAAAACACCACUUACUUUCUAUUACGGGAACGAGACUUAUCGGAUUGAUAGUUUGGGAUUUUUACAUUAUGCUAAUGUUUCGGUUGGAACACCAAGUGUGUCAUUUCUUGUGGCCCUAGACACUGGAAGUAACCUCUUGUGGUUGCCAUGUGAUUGUUCCAGUUGUGUGCAUAGCCUAAGAUCACCAUCAGGAACGGUAAAGCUCAAUAUCUACAGUCCGAAUACAUCCUCAACAAGCGAAAAGGUCCCCUGCAACAGCACCUUGUGCUCACAAACACAGCGUAAUCGAUGCCCUAGUGAUCAGAGCAAUUGUCCUUAUCAAGUUGUAUAUCUUUCUAAUGGCACUUCGACAACUGGGUACUUCGUACAGGAUUUAUUGCACCUGAUCAGCGAUGAUAGUCAAUCAAAAGCUGUUGAUGCAAAAAUUACUUUUGGUUGUGGUAAAGUUCAAACGGGUACUUUUUUGACUGGUGGAGCUCCCAAUGGCUUGUUUGGACUUGGCAUGUCUAAUAUAUCUGUGCCUAGUACUUUGGCACAUAAUGGAUAUACUUCUGGUUCAUUUUCCAUGUGUUUUAGCCCUGAUGGGAUUGGUAGAAUCAGUUUUGGUGACAAAGGAAGCACAGGCCAAGGAGAAACAUCUUUCAAUCAAGGGCAACCACGAAGUUCGCUUUACAACAUCAGCAUCACUCAAACAAGUAUUGGUGGACAAGCUAGUGAUCUUGUUUAUAGUGCUAUUUUCGAUUCCGGUACCUCAUUUACAUACCUGAAUGAUCCAGCUUAUACACUUAUAGCGGAGAGUUUCAAUAACAUGGUAAAUGAAACACGUCACUCAUCUACUGAAGUCCCUUUUGAUUAUUGUUAUGAUAUAAGUGCUAAUCAAACUGAGCUGACAAUUCCCACAGUGACUCUAGUAAUGAGCGGUGGAGACUACUUUAACGUAACAGACCCCAUAGUAGUAGUUCAACUUUCGGAUGUUUCAGCUGUAUAUUGUCUCGGUAUGAUCAAGAGUGGAGAUGUGAACAUCAUUGGACAAAAUUUCAUGACUGGUCAUCGCAUAGUUUUCGAUCGCGAGAGGAUGAUUUUGGGUUGGAAGCCAUCUAACUGUUAUGAUAACAUUGAUACCAACACUCUGGCUGUAUCCCCAAAUACUGCAGUGCCUCCUGCUACUGCAGUUAACCCAGAAGCCACAUCAACUCAAAUACCAGCACCAUCACCUCCUGGUGGGAGUCAUUCACCGCGGUCCAAACCGUUUAAUUUCACAUUAAUGAUGACCCUAGCUCUAUUCUUUGCUAUUGUUUGAUUUUUUUCUUUUUCUUAGUGUUCACAACUUCAGGCAUUCGUUUUCCAGUUAUUGUAUACACCAGGAUGGAAGCAUUUUUGGCUUCCUAUUAUUUUUUAUUCUUAGUCUUGGAUCAUAGUAACAUGACUCGAUGCUGGGGUUGUAAAUAUAUUUUGAUUAUAAACAGACAAUUGAUAUGAUACAGUUACAAAAUUA